AUGGAGGUCAGGAAUGUCAGCAAAAUCUCGAAAGAGGAGACAAUCAUUACAGGCGAUAGCAAUGCCUCCAAUUCAACAGCAUGGGCGGGCUCAAGAAGCAUGUAUUGUGGCACCAACUUUAAUAUACCGAAAAACACCUCCCAAACGAUGGUGCUGAUUAUCUUCAAUCUGGCCGAGAACUACUAUGGCGCCUUUCGGAAUGAAAUGAUUAUAAACUUGCCAAUUUUUAAGGCUUAUGGCAAUGGGGAGUAUCUGGGACUGUCAAAGUGUGUGCGAUGUGUAGAAGGCUCCUUCCCGAUGAAUUCGGGCGUAGCAGCCCUCUGCUUUGAUGACCAUGAGGAGGCACUGAGGUGCAUGCAGUCCAAGACGCAGAUACGCGAAGCAAACUGGAUGGGAUGCCCGGAAAUGUACAUCAUUCCCCUCUGCAACCCAAUUAGACACAUGACAGACUAUCCCUUCCUGCAGGUGGACUUUUACGAUGUGAAAAACGGAGUUAACUUUACCAAGUAUAUGAACACGGUGGAAAAUAUGGUGCACGACAAGGGAGGUCUGAUUAUUGCCGGAACGACGGAUAUAAUGCGCUUCCGAGGUGUAUGUAGACCCAUGUACGUGGUGAUCUAUCAGUGGCCGACCAUUGAUCUCGUGGAGUGUUUCAAUCGGGAAGUGGAACCGACUCUGCGCGAAGCCGGAGCCGCGUGUUCGACGCGUGUGGUCUUUGAAAUGGACGCUUUCUCACAGAAGUGUUUGAACUGA